AUGCGAAGAUUCGGCAUUAGAAGUGUAUCCAAUAUGACACAGCAAGGGAAGACUGGCAUUCGUGCGAACAAGUAUUUUAUGGGCAAUGUUCCAAAGGAUGUUUGGACAUUGACUAAUGAAGCAGCUCAAGCGGCUUCGAAGAACGAAAAGAAUCAAGGCAGAUCGAUUUUGAAUUUAGGUCAAGGUUUCUUUUCAUAUUCUCCACCAAAAUUUGCAAUUGAACAAGCUGUCUCCGCUUUGAACGUCCCACUUAACAAUCAGUAUUCGCCAACCCGUGGUAGGCCAUCUUUAUUGAAGUCAUUGACCGACUUCUACUCUCCGAUUUACAAUGAAACUUUGAACGAGAGUAAUGUUACUAUUACUACCGGUGCCAAUGAGGGUAUACUCGCUUCUUUGGUUGGCUUGCUAAACCCAGGUGAUGAAGUCAUUGUGUUUGAACCCUUCUUCGAUCAGUACAUCUCAAAUAUCGAAAUUCCAGGUGGUAAAGUUCGUUAUGUGCCAUUGGUAGCUCCUAAGGAACUAAGUGAAAGGGUUACCAUCGGUGCCGAAUGGAAAAUUGAUUUUGAUAUCUUAAACAAAACUAUCAAUGAGAGGACAAAAUGUAUUAUUUUGAACACUCCUCAUAACCCAAUUGGGAAAGUCUUCACCCGUGAAGAAUUGACACAAUUGGGUGAUAUUUGUGUCAAGAACAAUAUUUAUAUCAUUAGUGAUGAAGUCUAUGAACAUUUGUAUUUCGGGGACGAAUUUACUCGUAUCGCAACUAUUUCCAAGGAAAUUGGUGACUUGACACUUUCUGUUGGUAGCGCAGGUAAGAGCUUCGCUGCUACCGGUUGGAGAAUUGGUUGGGUCGUUUCAAGAAAUGCGGAACUACUAAGCUACGUAUCAAAGGCCCAUACAAGAAUUUGCUUCAGUUCGCCUUCUCCAUUCCAAGAAGCAUGUGCACAUUCUAUUGAUAUUGGGUUGCACAAUGGAUACUUCGAAAACAUGAGAGAGGAAUAUAAGGAAAAGUUUGCCAUCCUUACACGCGUUUUUGACGAAUUGGGAUUACCAUAUACUAAACCAGACGGUACUUACUUCGUCUGUGUGGAUUUCAGCAAGGUUCAGAUACCUGACGAAUAUCCAUUCCCAAGGGAAUUAAAUGAGAGGGCAAAGGAUUUCAAGCUUUCUUACUGGCUAGUUAAUGAACUGGGUGUUGUCGCGAUUCCACCGACAGAAUUCUACAUUAAAGAACAUGAAAAGGCUGCAGAAAACUUGCUAAGAUUUGCGGUUUGCAAAGAUAACCAAUAUUUAGAAGAAUCUGUCGAAAGAUUAAGAUUAUUGAAAGACUACUUAUGA